AUGACUCCACGCUCUAGAUCUGGUGCGAGGGCAGCCUCCCGGUCGAGGUCUGCGUCGCGUGCUAGUUCGAAUUCGGAUCAGGUCAAAGAUGCACGGUCAAGAUCGUCUUCAUUCAUCUCGCGAUUUAUUACCAAUCCUCCAGCAUUGAAACGACAUAAUGAUGGACUAAUCUCUCUAUACCGGCUCUUGAAAGUCGAAUUGAACCUACCCAAGACAACCUCGGCAACAACUACAACGCAAGACCACCUAUCUGGGCUGGGGAUGUCGGAUUCAGAAUCAGAUCGGUCCUUGGAACAGAUCUAUAAUCUCGUGAAAAUUCCAAUGUAUUUGGAACUGUUCAUGGCCUUUGGGCUUCUUAUAUGCCUCAAUUCGUUACUUACCCUCUUCACGUUGGCUCCUCUCAAGAUAAUAGUGGUGAUAACCCAAGCCACCAUGGAACAACUCCCCUGGAACGCCUGGGCUGGCCGACUAGCCACCAUCAAAAGAGAUCUUUAUACCCUUGUUCUUAUCGCCUUGGCAGUGUCAAUUCUUUCUCUCCCAGGCUUUGACAUAUCAAGACUCUACCACGACGUCCGUGGCCUGGCCCACAUCAAGUUGUAUGUCAUGUUUGGGGUGCUCGAAGUGGCUGAUAAGCUUUUCCUGACCAUUGGUCAAGAUAUUCUUCACAUCUUAUAUCGGAUCAAGAUCUCUGGACCUUCGGUAAAUUACCCUAAGCUUGUGGUUUUCUUUAUCCUUUCCACCAUUUAUCUCACCUGUCAUGGCUAUAUUCUAGUCUAUCAGGCUGUGCUGCUUAAUGUGGCGGCAAAUUCAUAUCUGAAUGCCCUCUUAGCGCUUCUUCUUUCCAAUCAAUUCGCCGAGUUGAAACUGUCCGUGUUUAAAAAAUUCGAAAGAGAAGGUCUUUUCCAGAUUGCCAUGGCCGACUUGACGGAAAGGUUCCAACUUCUGUUGAUGCUUGGCAUUAUUGCCUUGAGAAACCUUGUUCAAAUUAGUCUGGUGCAUUCCGGUCUAAUCCCAAAUAGUUGGACUAGUUGGAACCUUUGGCUAGGCGCCAUAAUUGGACCUGGCGUGGUGGUCAUAGGGAGUGAGAUUUUUGUUGAUUGGCUCAAACAUUGUUAUAUUUCCAAGUUUAAUAUGAUCAGACCAAGAGUCUAUCUGAACUUUGCAUAUGUUUUAAGUUUGGAUUAUUUGGAAGUUUUCCAGGCAACCAGUUCUCUGGGGUCAGGGUCCGGGUCAGGGUCCGGGUCCGGGUCCACAACUCCUUCUGUGAAUGGGAAUUUAAGUGAUUACAUUGUAUUGACCCGUCGAAUAGGGUUACCCCUUCUUGCCACCAUUGUUUGUUUCCUCAGAAUGACUCUUCCCGAUCUUAAGCAAAUCUUUUUGGUGUCUUCACCAUCAAAACUAUAUUCGUUUGUGAUUUCGCUCUCUCUUUGCUUGGUUACCUUUGCUAUACUUCUACUUACUCGUCUUAUUUUAGGACUAGUGAUUCUUAAAUGGGCCAACAAAAUUAAAGUGAAAAAUCAACUUUAUCAAUCAAGUUUGAUGACAAUUUCAGAAACUCUUCCUCAAGUUGAUACUCAAACUGCGGUGCCAGACUCUUCUUCCACGUCUUCUCCUACUCCUGGAAUCACUUCUUCCACCACCCACACACCGUCUCCACGAUCUUCUGGUCGGUCAGGCCCUUGGUCUACACCAAUAACCCUGCCGUCUGAAACCCCACAAUCGCCACGAUCUCCGCUUCAUGACUCUUUUCUUCCCGGGGUACCAAAUACAGAGGCUUCCUCCAUCAACCCAAACACCCGCUCCUAUCUCUUUGAUCAUGACGAAAAAGUUCCCCUAACCGUGGAAGAAAAACGUAAUAAGAUGUUUGCAGAAAGUUCCGAUGAACCAACGGAUGAUAAGUUGGGCAAGGUGAUGAGAUACAAGAUGUCAAGUAAGAGGAUCUGGUAG